GGGUCCAUCAUCUCGACGCGACGCACUUCCCGCACCACCCCGUACCCCGACGCAAAACACGUCUGCGCGUCUCGGUUUGCGUAGCGGCAGUUUAUCUGAGCUUGUGCGACCGACCGCGACUGCUCAGUCCUGCGGCCUGUUCGACUUGCCCAUGGAGCUGUGCUAGACCUGACCUGACGAGUCUACGAAUCUCAUCGAAGCGCACCCCGAGAACCCACGUUCUUCCUUCUGAAACGCUCGCGCUGGUCAUUGUUGGAAUAUAGAUGGCUGCGGAAGGCUCCAGGUCGGCCGUUGCGCCGGCGCCUCGGCGGGUGUCAUCGUCGACACCCGGCGCCGGCGCCUCCGCGCCCAUCGACCCGAUCCUACGAAACACGCUGCGCUACACCGUCUCCGCGCGCGAAUACGCGACUCUGCACAAAUACAUUAUUUCUCGGUCGCGUCUGCUACGGCGCAGCGCGCCGACUCCUGGCGCUGUCGACAAGGCACUCUCCGCGACACCCUCGAGUGGCAGUGUUGACGACAAGAAGAGGGCCAGCGGUGGUGAUGACUACAAUGCUAGGGCAGUACGGCACGCGCUGCGUGUGUUUGCGGCCACGUGGGUUGGCAUGAAAGGAUGGGAAGCCAUUUCGAAGAGAAUAGGUGAUAAAGACUCUAGUGUCGGCGGGAAGAAGCAGCCGUUUUACAAAGCCCCCGCACUGCGAUUAUCACUCUCUUUAUCGACAAUCCUGCUGCUCUACCGGUUCCUAUUCCGCUUCCUCUCGCGCUUGCGGGCACACCUAAUGGACCCCCAAGCCGAGCCCUUUCGACGUCGCAACCCUCGCACCGCGGCUUCGUUGACGUCGCCAUAUGCACCUGCGGUUGGUGCGUCGCUUGCAGGUCUCGCGCUUGGGGUUUACCCGUCGCAGCAGCUGCGGGUUUCCAUCACCAUCUACAUGACGUUCCGCGCCCUUGAGUUUGGCUGGAACAUGUGCGAGGGUGAAGGCCUGGUGUGGGGUAUAAAGAACGGCAAGAAACGCGAGAGGCCUUGGUGGUUUGGGAGCUGGUUGUUGCAACCACUGGCUUUUGGACAGUUGCUCCACUCGUGCGUGUUCGAUCGGGACUGUUUCCCAGAGGCGUAUGGAAACUUCAUCUUCAAGAAAUCCACUGCCUACUUGCACGGCCGGCCCCAGGAUUGGCCGAUCAACCUCGGUUGGCCAAAGGCCCGGGAGAUUGUCGACAACCUAGCCCAGAUGGCCAGGCUUAACUGGCCUGCCUACAUUUCUCCCACCAUGUUUCCCAAGAAGGAGGUGCUUCCUCCUUCGCUCAAGGGAGUUGCGCCGCUUUCUUCCCAAGCGCAUCCGCUCAUCACAUCGUUGUCCUGCGCAACGCUACAUCCUUCUGACCCGUCGUGUCUCCGGACCUACCUCACCUUCUGGCUCAGUUCCUUCCCACCGCUGGCGCGGUUCUUCCUCGUUCUUUAUUCCGCCCUCACCAUUGUCCCGCGGUUCAAGAGCCUCUAUCACUUCCCUGCCACUACGAUCCAGCGUGUGCUUACCCGCGCCCUGCGCAUGUCGACGUUCGUCACCGGCGCCAUCUCUACAGCGUGGGCAUCGAUCUGCUUCUUUCAGGCGUACUUGCCCCGCCAUGUCCUCGCGACCCAACGCUUCUUCCUCGGCGGCUUCUUCGCCGGUCUGUGGGCAUGGGUGGAGCGGAGACACGGGCGCGGCGUUUUCCUGUACAGCGCCAGGGCAAGUGUCGACAGCCUAUGGAAGGUGGGCGUCAAGCGUCGCUGGUGGAAGGCCAUGAAGGGGGGCGACGUCUGGGUCUUUGUGCUUGCGCUCAUGGUCACCGGCGUUGUUUACGAGCGCGAUGCGCGGGCGCUCCGUGAGAGAGAGUGGCGCAAGGGCAUGAGCUGGGUCAGGGGCGAGGGCUGGAAGGACUGGGUCGCCGCCGAUGAGAGCGAUGCUGAUGACGAGGACGGCGAAGGCACGAAGGAGAACUAGGGAUAUGUAACGCGGACGACUAUUGAUGAUGACACUGCAUGUAUACGUGCGAUUUGCGCAUACAACACUCUGCGUUUAAUACCACAGCAACAUGCCUACUCUGGUUUCUUCGGUUGCGUGGGCAACCUUUUCACGGGGUGGGGUCUUUGAGAGGUGGUGUCUGUCGUUGUUAUAGAGUACUAAGUGCUAGGGGCACAACCAUGGAUGUUUUGCUGCGGGCACAACCUGUUCCCAUGGAUAUUUCUAGGCCCCGCCCCACCCCCAGACCGCGCCAGCCAUUUUUGGUGCGCAGGCAUGAGACGAGACGGGCGCGCCGCAACGCACGCCGACAU